UGUAACAAGAUACGACCGCAACUAAUACAUAAGUUGAAGCCCGAGAAACUUUUCCCAGUUUUAUACAGACAACACGAUAAAAUGAACACAUUUGCUGUUAUACUUUCCCUUACAUAUUUUGUCUCAUCAGCUGUAUCGAAGCAUCCAGGUUGUCAUGGAUCAAGUAUUGAAACCCCAAACCUGUAUAAAUACAUACUGUUGUCAGACUAUGGCAUUGAUAUUGGCAAUAAAGAAACCGGUAAUAUUAAGUUCAUGGUUAAGGCCAGCAACGAUGCACACGUAGCUUUACUGUCUUCGAAUACUGACCAAGAACCUCUUUAUGAAAUAGUAUUGGGUGGUUGGGCUAACUCCAAGUCGGUCAUCCGUGACCGGAAACAAGGCAUAGCAUUGACAACACAUUAUGGACCAGUACUCAAACAAAAUGAAUAUAGGACAUUUUACAUUAACUGGAGCAAGGAACAUAUUAGAGUUGAUGAUGAAUGGAAAGCGAAAAUCAUGGAAUGGACUGAUACUUCAAACCCAUUCAAUAUUAGAAAUAUUGCAGUUUCUACAGGAUGGGGUUCAACUGGGUAUUGGUCAUUCCCAUGUACAGCUUAUCAAGGAGAAUAAGCAGAAUAUCUACAAAAGCGACCAUUUAUACUACUGGAGUAGAAGUUUGAUAUCAAUGUGUUUUUCUAUUGAAUAUAAUUAGAUGUAAAUACUUUUUAAACAGUUUAUAUUCUUGUGUUAUACUCAAUAAUGAACUUUGUAACAUUC